AUGGGUUCAAUCGGCUACGCCACGUCGAAGGACUGGCUCGACAUCAUGAAAAACAGGUCGAAGUUGCGCAUGCACGAAUUGAUCGAGCGCUUGGGGUUGCGCGCAAAAUGGAGUCAGAACAAACGUGGCAAAACGAAUUUUGAGAGUGCCUUGGUGCGCGACCUCGUCACGGACAUGGGCGACAUCGUUGCGACGGUCCCAAAAGAGUCGGAUGAUUUGGUGAAAUUCUUAUCGGCAGAAAAAAGCCUAAACGAGCAAGUCGAGGGCCUGUUGCAAAAACAUGGCUCCGCGAUAUGGGGAAGAGUGGGCGAUAGAGAGCACUUAAUCAGCGUUGGUGAACCCGGAGUUGAAGAAGAGUUAUACCCUAGAGAUCUCUAUUUCGAGGAAGAGCAGGACCGUGAACAAAUCCGCAUUCUGCUACAUUGGUGGCUUGGAAUGAAAGCUAUCAAUGUUAUCCUGGCUCGCGAUAGACUCGAUCGGGAGAGGAAAAAGAAAGAGGAAAACAAAAGAGCUAGAAUCGAGAUGGAAGUUCCACUAGAGGGUGCAAGCUCAGCUUUCGUCCCAUUAGCACCAAAUUCAGGUGCACCGGCACCCCUAAAUACGAACAUUCCUCCAGUACCGCUGGCAGAGCAUCCCCGGCAUGUGCAACUCUACAAAGCAGAAACCACAUCGCGUGGUAGCCCCAUCUCCGUGGCUGUCAGCACCCCGCCAGAAUCGAGUCAAAGUCCCAUAGGGCCUGGGCAAGGCCAGCUGGGCGGUGCCAAUGCAAGCCAUUUCUCGGCGGCGAACCCAAGUUCAUCGCAUCCUUCGCAAGCACAAAGCGUGGUGGAUGGAGUUUGGAAUCGCCUUGCCGAAGUAGGCAUCAACGGAUCGCGCAAUGGAAGCAUGUCAUCGCAAGCGGCAAUCGGUACACCCUCUUGGCCUGCAGUGAACGCAGGGACACACCCAGUGGUACCUCGACGGGCGUCAUUGGCCGCAGAGGUCUCAUCGCAGCCAGCGCCAGUAGCAACUAUUUCCACAGCAGGUAUCCGGCAACUAGGCGCCGAGAUUUCUCAACUUGUGUCAGAUCUUACACCGCAAGCUACCGCCACAAACGGGCAUUCUGCUGUUCCACCGGACGCACAACGGAAGGCGACAGCGUAUCCCGGACUCGAUGUGGAGACGUUGUAUGCUCUACGCGAGUACAUCUACCAAGAGAAGACAGAGGUGGACUGGGAAGAAGAGGCGCUGCUACGGCGCCUUGAAACACAAUGGAGAGAUGGCGUGCGGACAGAUCACAACCGCAUGCUCGAAAACGUACCAGCGUUUAUCGCGCGAGAACGCGCGUUCCUUACCUGGAUCGAGCUAAAACGGCAUUUGGCCGACCUUCAGCGCGCUGGCACUCGAUGGGGCGAGGAAGGGACUACAGCACCCGAGAUCGAGCGCCGAAUCGAGCAGCACAGAACGCUCAUGAGCGCGACUCGCGAGAUCAUCCGCAGUUUCGAGGACAUUGCACAGGUCGCGGGUGCGGGCGCAGAUCACGACGAGCUUCUGCGGCAAGCGUUGGUGGUAUUGGCAGGGAACAAAUACGCGGUGGAGCUGCAGUGGAAGAACGUGGAAUUUGUCGGGCUGAUGCAAUGGCUGGCGGGCGCGCUGGAGAGCUACGAAAAGGAGCAGGAGGGCGACACGGUGUACUAUUUUUCGUAG